AGUUUUACAGUUGUGAUACAUAGCCCAGUUCUAAAGCAGGAGGGCGACUAAAAGAGAAUAAAAGCUUUUUGCUUUCUAAUCCUUGCUGUUCUGCAAUUUGCAAGAGCUUGUUCUCUCUUUUCUUUUCUUUGCUUCUGCUUCUCCUUAUUGGGUAAACAAGUUUGCUUUGACUGCUCAAAGAGACAUGUCGAACUGCAUCGAUGUUGCGCCUGAGAAACUCUGCUACAUCCCUUGUAGCUUUUGCAAUAUCGUUCUUGCGGUGAGUGUUCCAUGCAGCAACCUGUUUGACAUGGUCACCGUCCGAUGCGGGCACUGCACCAAUCUAUGGACCGUGAACAUGGCCGCCGCGUUUCAGUCACUGUCAUGGCAAGAUUUUCAGGCACCGAACUACACGACGCCGGAUUACAGGAUUGAUUCGGGCUCCUCUUCCAAAUGCAACAACAAGAUUGCAAUGCGAGCACAGACAAAAAAUGCCACUGAGGAAAGGGUUGUGAAUCGACCUCCCGAGAAGAGGCAGCGAGUGCCAUCUGCAUACAAUCAGUUUAUAAAAGAGGAGAUCCAGAGGAUCAAGGCCAAUAAUCCGGAUAUUAGCCACAGGGAAGCGUUUAGCACUGCUGCCAAAAAUUGGGCACACUUCCCUCAUAUUCAUUUCGGGCUGAUGUUGGAGACCAAUAAUCAGGCUAAGUUGGACAAUGGCUCUGAGAAGCAUUUAAUGUCGAUGGCUACACUACUGAACAAAUGAAGGGUACGUCUUGAUUUUUCAUGACCAGUGCUUCGGAGAUAUUCACGUUCUUCAAAGUAAACAAAAGCCUUCACGUUAAUGUGUUUUAAGGACAUGCAUUUAACUUAUCCUUCUUCAUUGUAUCUGUGGCUAGUUGUUUACGGAUCGAUUUCAUUUUCAAGACUUCAAGUACUGUACGCUACGUACUUUUAGUUGUCAUCGUCAUCAUCCUUUUACUUCCUUCCAAGAUUAUGACUAAAUAAAUUCAAUCAUUUUGUUA